GGCUUGGCAGACAGACACACAAAAUGUGUUGCCGCUCGAUUCCACGAUGUUCUGGCUGCAAAUGCCUUCCAAGAUUUCUGUCAGUGGUGCGUGCUAUUACAUCGCCGUCAACUUGCCAGCGGCGACCGGAGUAAGCGGUGCUGGCCCCGACAGCAGAUUCGCGUCAGUGGAGCACCGACAGUUUGACGACAAAGUUCAACAGCCGCCCUUGCCCGAAGUUAAGGUUCCGUCGCCCAAGACGCAAAGACGCGUACAAAGGCGGCAGGUUCGUCAGAUGCACGUACGAGCGGAGCAUUUGGAUGCGCGCACUGUCUAGCAAGAAGACGGCCUCAUGGCUCUUGUGAUCGUAGGUGUCCUGGUCGUGGUAGGGAUCGUCAGUGUCAGCGGACAAUUCUGCACUCCGCGGGAUGCAGUCGCGCGCGCACUCGAGCGAGCCCCUGACGCAUUGAAGUUGAUGCACGAACAAAGCGGACCAUUCUUCCUGGUGUAUCACUCGAGGAACAGCUCGUUUCGCCAUGCGUACCCAUGCCUGCGUGUUGUAAGGAUCCCACAGGUGCACAACAACAGAACCACAUACCAGUACGAUUACCAGUCUAUGACAGGAAUCCAAUUCGGUCAGAGACCUGUAGGUCUGGACAAAACAGACGAAGCUUAUCCAUACCCUAACGAAUUCACCAUCAAUAUCGGCCAUGGACAUGAAAAAAUCCUGCAAGACUUCCAAGUUAUAUACACUGAUUACAGACACUGCGUCCUCUUUUGGUCCUGGAGCUUAGGCUACCAAGUGUGGGUUGAGUCAUCAUACCUGAAAACAAGGAGAAAGGUGCCCGAAGUUUGCUACCUCGUGUACGAGCUAUUGGAGCCACGUACAAGACACAUUGUUUAUAAAUGGAAGAGGUGCGAAAAAUAAGCGCCCUGCAGAGGUACAUACACGGGUGUGCUUUCGACACCGCGGUGGCAAAUAUAAGUCGUGGCAU